CAUUCUCCCUGUACAGCAGAUGGCGCCACGCGACCCGAAUUACAAGAAUAACGGAUAGGACUACGCGUGAAGGAGAGACGAUUUUUUUUUUCUGGCAGCUGUCCCUUUAGCAAAAGGAAUGUGUUGUGGGAUAGUAUACAACAUUUAAUCAACAAAUUCAUUUUGAGCAUUUACACCAUACUGGGGCAACAACUGAGAUUAUGGUUGAGGCGUGCUGAGAUUUGAGGCAGAGAAUUGGACACCGUUAAGUGGAUUUGGCUCUGGAAAGGCUCAUCAUGUGUGCAUCAGUGAAGUACGGUUCCCGGGGCCCUGCACUCAUACCCCGUAUGAAGACUAAACACCGGAUCUACUACAUCACCCUCUUCUCUGUGGUCUUACUGGGGUUGAUUGCAACGGGGAUGUUCCAGUUCUGGCCUCACUCCAUUGAAUCCUCCGCAGAAUGGAGUCUGGACCGUCGUAGUGUGCAUGAUGCUCCAUUGGUCAGGAUACCUAUGAGCAGCCCUAUUCCUGAGAGGGGUGACCUGAGCUGUCGAAUGCACACUUGCUUUGAUGUGUAUCGCUGUGGAUAUAAUCCCAAGAAUAAAAUCAAGGUGUAUAUCUAUCCUCUUCAGCGAUUUGUGGAUGAGGUGGGGGUGCCCAUCAGCAGCACUGGCCUCUCUCGAGAAUACAAUGACCUGCUGAGCGCCAUAUCGGAAAGUGAUUUUUACACUGAUGAUGUGACCAGAGCAUGUCUGUUCAUACCCUCCAUUGAUGUGUUGAAUCAGAACUCUCUGCGGAUUCGUGAAAUUGCUCAAGCACUGGCCAUGCUGCCCAGGUGGGACAAAGGCAUGAACCACCUGCUGUUCAAUAUGCUUCCUGGAGGACCCCCUGAUUACAAUACAGCUCUGGAUGUGCCCAGAGACAGAGGCCUGCUGGCUGGGGGAGGCUUCUCCACAUGGACAUACAGGCAGGGUUAUGAUGUCAGCAUCCCCGUGUAUAGCCCUUUAUCUGCUGAGGUGGACCUUCCUGAGAGGCAGCCAGGGCCCCGACGCUACUUCAUUCUGUCAUCUCAGACGGCCAUCCAUCGGGAAUACCGUGUGGAACUGGAGAGACUGAAGGAGGAGAAUGGGGAGGCCCUACUCCUCCUAGAUAAAUGCAGUAAUCUCUCUCAGGGUUUGGCAUCGGUCAGAAAGCGCUGCUAUAAAGGACAGGUCUACAACUACCCACAAAUCUUACAG